UAGAUAUUUUGGGAAGGGCCAUGUUCCAGUCUCUGUUUUUCAUUGGCUACGCCACUUCAAUUGCGUCAAUAUCUCUAUUCUGAUUAGUGUAAAAACCUUCCACCACAAGAGGAAAGGGCGGGUACCCAUGGAGCUUAGGCUGCGCGUGUCGUUUCCUCGGUGCAGGCAGCACCAUCCGGAUGAAGGGAGUCGACUCUGUCGCCGCUUGUUUUGUUAUUGCAAAGGAACCGGUCGGGGAGUUUUAUUUUAAUUUCCUUUACGUGUUUCUGUGUCUGUGUUAUAUUGGACGACACUUCAACGCGAGAAGUAACAAACGCGAUGGACCAAAUGGGAAAAAUAAGUUGACUGUUCGCUCCUGGGAGUUUGUUUUCCUCGCUCCAGAAGAGAGAUUGCUAGUUUUGAUAAAAAUCACUUGGGCUUCUGAAAAUAAGGCAAUGCAGGUACUGGGUGAUUUCUAAAGCAAGGAAACGAGCGACCUAAAUUUCAAACAACGUCGGAGUGGUGGAUAAAAUUAUGGGGUGGCAAUAAUUGUAACGACAACAACCACAGCAGAGGAACACAUCUCUUCAUUUUCGCGCAUUCGGGUUGUGUGGCCCGAACAGUGCGCGGUGCUACAUCAGCGGAUUUGCUCCACGCGAAACAUUUUCUCUUUCAGUGUCGCUGGAAUGCUGGAAAUAAGCACCCAGCUGGUUACUGUAUGAGCCGAAGACGACGAAUACCGUCGCAACUUCUACAAACUGAACGCUGCACUGGCAGUGGACACAGCGAGGAUGCUGGAUUUCACAAAAACGCUACCAUGAGGAAAUGUAAAAGAUGAAUACCAUAUUUCCUAUGUGAUACAUUUCCCUUUGAUUGCGAAAAGGGAAAUUCUCCGACUUUCGCAAGUGGAGAGGGGAAUACUACCUCCAACAUGAGGGAGGCGUAGGGCCGCAGUGUGUUUGUUUAUUGUGGGGGGAGCGGGGUUUUAUGUCGCAACCACAUUAUGUUAAAUUAAUUUUAAGACGAUAUGAAUCUUGCAUUUGCGUUACUGCUCAACGGCAUUUAAAAUACGAUUAUCAACGAUAGGAAACUGGUGUCAACCGCAAGAAGUAGGUCAGAUCUUAUAAAUGAUACUAUUGGAGUAUUUGCGAGAGUAAGGGAUAGUCUCCCGUAAUUAUGGCAGUCGUUCCCUUCAUUUGAUUUAUUUUCCAGUAUUUUUUUGUUUUGUUCCCAGGCCUGAAUGUCAGGUUUGCUGUAGCCCGAUGACCGUUUGGCUGCCACCUGCCCAAAGCCCCUGGACUCUCAUCCAUCUCUUUUUCGCUCUUUUUAGAUCUUGGAAGGAGUUGCAGUUUAACGAAUAUAGACUAUAGUCUUAAUACAGACUGUAGUCCGUCUUCUUCGUUUUUCGAUAUUUCUUUUUCUAAUUGCUGUGGAGUUAAUGGCUCUGUGCGAAACAACGGCCACCAAUGCCGCUAAAAUGAUGGCUGCGUACAACGGUGGCGGUUCGACCGUGGCGGCACACCACCCACACCACCACCACCAGCUCCCGCAUCUCCCACCUCCUCACCUCCACCACCACCCAGGCCAGCAUCACCUCCAGCACCCCGGCUCGGCCGCUGCAGUCCACCCGGUCCAGCAGCACGCGUCCACGGCCGCAGCUGCUGCCGCCGCCGCCGCUGCAGCGGUGAUGCUGAACCCGGGCCAGCAGCAGCCGUACUUCCCCUCGCCGGCACCCGGACAAGCCCCCGGGCCGGCGGCCGCUGCAGCGCCGGCCCAAGUUCAGGCCGCAGCUGUCAAAGCCCACCAUCACCAACACUCGCAUCACUUACAGCCACAGCUGGACAUCGAGCCCGAUAGACCCAUCGGAUACGGAGCAUUCGGGGUGGUCUGGUCGGUGACGGACCCUCGUGACGGCAAGAGGGUCGCCCUGAAAAAGAUGCCCAACGUCUUCCAGAACCUCGUCUCCUGCAAGAGGGUCUUCCGCGAGCUGAAAAUGCUCUGCUUCUUCAAACAUGACAACGUUCUCUCUGCCUUGGACAUCCUGCAGCCCCCGCACAUCGACUACUUUGAGGAAAUCUAUGUGGUGACGGAGCUAAUGCAGAGCGACCUUCACAAGAUCAUUGUGUCCCCCCAACCCCUCAGCGCUGACCAUGUUAAAGUGUUUCUGUACCAGAUACUGAGAGGACUGAAGUAUCUGCACUCUGCUGGGAUCCUGCAUCGAGACAUCAAACCCGGGAACCUCCUGGUCAACAGCAACUGUGUGCUGAAGAUCUGUGACUUUGGGCUGGCCCGGGUGGAGGAGCCAGACGAGUCGCGUCACAUGACCCAGGAGGUGGUGACCCAGUACUACCGCGCCCCGGAGAUCCUCAUGGGCAGCCGCCACUACUCCAACGCCAUCGACAUCUGGUCUGUGGGCUGCAUCUUCGCUGAGCUCCUGGGCCGGCGCAUCCUCUUCCAGGCCCUGAGCCCCAUCCAGCAGCUGGACCUGAUCACAGACCUGUUGGGGACCCCGUCCCUGGAGGCCAUGAGAACAGCAUGCGAGGGCGCGAGGGCCCACAUUCUCAGGGGACCCCACAAACCGCCAUCACUUCCUGUCCUGUACACCUUGUCCAGCCAAGCCACUCAUGAAGCUGUGCACCUGCUCUGCAGGAUGCUGGUGUUCGACCCGUUGAAGCGGAUCUCGGCGAAGGACGCUUUGGCGCACCCGUACCUGGACGAAGGCCGGCUGAGGUACCACACCUGCAUGUGCAAGUGCUGCUACACCACCUCCUCCGGCCGGGUGUACACCAGCCACUUCGAGCCCGUCACCAACCCCAAGUUCGACGACGGCUUCGAGAAGAACCUCACGUCCGUGCGGCAGGUCAAGGAGAUCAUUCACCAGUUCAUCCUGGAGCAGCAGAAGGGGAACAGGGUGCCCCUCUGUAUCAAUCCCCAAUCCGCGGCCUUCAAGAGCUUCAUCAGCUCCACAGUGGCGCAGCCCUCAGAAAUGCCCCCCUCCCCUCUGGUGUGGGAGUGACCAGAGGCCCCACCCGCCCUUCCUGCUCCUGACUACUGAAGCAGCUUCCAAACUGGGGAAAAGGACUAUGUAGCAUCUCACUGGAAACCAGGACUAGCACUGUUCCUGUGUGUGCGUGUGUGUGCGUGUGUGUGCGUGUGUGUGCGUGUGUGUGCGUGUGUGUGCGUGUGUGUGCGUGUGUGUGCGUGUGUGUGCGUGUGUGUGCGUGUGUGUGCGUGUGUGUGCGUGUGUGUGCGUGUGUGUGCGUGCGUGUGCGUGCGUGCGUGUGUGUGCGUGUGUGUGUGUGCGUGUGCGUGCGUGCGUGUGCGUGCGUGUGUGCGUGCGCGUGCGUGCGUGUGUGUGCGUGCGUGUGUGCGUGCGUGUGUGCGUGUGUGUGCACUGUGUCCGAACUAAUGAAGUUUUACACAACCACUACUGUACCUGGGGGUGUAUGUUCAUACACAGUUGAGCUGACGGGGCUUCAGCCUGUGAACAGCGGAGGCGUAAGCACAAGCGGAGGGGUGGGGCAGUGCUGCCCGGUGCACUUGAAUGUGUCUGUGUGGGCAGGAAGGUCUCGGAAGCCACUCCCCCUCUCAGUUGCAGUUAAUGCGUUUACUGUGACGCAGCGUAGUGUGCAUUAUCUCUUUCUCCCAGCCCUCGCUGGAGCGGUGCGGGCAGGGGCCAGGGCUGUUGGGGUGGGGUCAGGGGGCAGUCAGUUUAGCGGUAACAUGCCCAUACGUGUCAGCCAGUUUAGCGGUAACAUGCCCAUACGUGUCAGCCAGUUUAGCGGUAACAGGCUCAUACGUGUCAGCCAGUUUAGCGGUAACAGGCUCAUACGUGUCAGCCAGUUUAGCGGUAACAGGCUCAUAUGUGUUAGUCAGUUUAGCGGUAACAGGCUCAUAUGUGUUAGUCAGUUUAGCGGUAACAGGCUCAUAUGCGUCUGUUUAGCGGUAACAGGCUCUUACGUGUCAGUCAGUUUAGCGGUAACAGGCUCUUACGUGUCAGUCAGUUUAGCGGUAACAGGCUCAUAUGUGUCAGUCAGUUUAGCGGUAACAGCAGGGGCAUACGCAGUAGUCAGUUUAGCCAUCAAGUUACCCAUGAUGAACCAAACCAAAAUAAUGUCUUGAAGGACUGCUUCAAGGGCACUAUGCUGAGCUGUUCCCUUGGUUACGUAAUCUAUCCCCGAAAACUUGACUGCAGAGGAGUUUAUCUCCGUGUGACAGUUGUGACACACAGCUGAUGUCACAGAAUGUGAUGUAAUCCUGUUCCCCCACUCCCCAACAGUGAGCAGAGCAGGGGUUGUGCAGUGUGUGGAAUUAAGCGCAAAAUAAUUGGAAGUGUUAAGCAAUCCAGUUUGCUGCAUGUACCUAUAGCAAAAUCACAUUGCCUGCGUGUACACUUGAACACUGACACACGUGCACACAUGCGUGAUCGCAGGGGGAAAUAACAGAUAUAUUACUAUUUAAUAUAUUUUUUAGAUUUUUUUAUUGCUAUUGUUUCUUAACAUUCUAUGGCAUGCUUUCUCAUGGUCCACAGAAUAUAUGUAAAUAAGUGAAAAAAUAGAUUUAAACUCAGAAUUUUAAAUUGUUUUAACACCUGAAAAAACAUUUUAAUGAAAAUCAAACCAGACUGCUGUAUAGAAGGUGAAUUAGCCUGCACAUUUUUUUAGGGCUGUGAAUUUCAUUUUAUUUUUGAGACCUAUAUAAAUAUAUAUAUAAAUAUAUAAAUAGAUGUAUAAAUAUAUAUUUUCUUUUUUUCUGGUUCCCUGCACUGGAAAGUGUACAAAAAACUAAGAAUUGUACAAAAAUGGAAUGGGGGGGGGGGGAAGCAAAAAAUGCAUCACCAAUUAUGUUAUUUUUCUUGUGUGUACUGCGGAGCUGUGGAAUGAAUAUUGAAGUAGAAACAUUCUGGGAUUAUUUUUUAGCUUUCAUUUUGUCCUUAUUAAUAAUAAUAUUCUUUGAACUUAUCCUACUUUAGAGAAACACUGAACUGUUGUGUGUAUAUGUAUAUAAUUGAUUCACAAUGUUAGUCUCUACCUCCCAAAAUCAGUGUCCCUUCCAGCUUUUAUAUGUAAGUCAAACAGGUUUUUUCACUGAAAAACAAAUAAAUUCACUGGAUUCAGAACAUUGGGGCCGGUGGGGGGGUUAUCUGUGGGGUUGUGGCUAAGGAACAUUCUAUCCCAGUAUUUUAAAGUGGAAUGCCAACUCAUUUGGUUUGGACUGUUAAUCACCAUAAUCAGCCAUUUUCUGUGUUAGAAGAUUACAGAGUUCCACUGAGAGAGCUGGCACAUCUUUUCAAUUUGGAAGUUCUUAAAGGUUUUUCUUUUAUUUAUUUUGUCGUGGGGGGUGCCAAAAACCAAACAUACGCAUUGUUUGCUGUGAGAGACUAGCUUGAACUCCCGUUGCACGAAAUCUAAACCGGUACUUGCGCUAUCAAAGAUUUUUUUAUAAGAUAUUUGAAGUUUAUACUCAAAGGUAAAAUUAUUUGGAUACAUUUUAUGAUGAUAAAUAAAAGGGGAAGCCCUGAUUUGGAUGACUGGAAAGCCAAGGUGGAACGCGAGAAGGGCCAAAGAUGAAGAAUCAUCAAAUGUUUUACUGUGUGGCAAAAAUGGCGCUCACUUUCUUGAAGAUUUGAAGUACAGUGGUGAAACUCAUUAAAUGUGACAUUUAAAGAACAAA